UUUCCAAUUCCGAAUUUCAAUUCUCUCUCUCUCUCUCUCUCGCCAGCUCAUCCCUUUCAACACCUAUCGCCACCGAACCCCCAAACUCUCUCUCUCUAUCUCUCAAAGGCUCCUCCUUUUUCUCAACGUUUUCUUCACCAGAUCUCUGGGACGCGGCCAUGGAGAUGCGUGCUUGUUGAGAUAUAUAUAUAUAUAUAUUUUUCAGUCUAUGUAUCUCUGUUUUCUCUCUCUUGUGGUUUUCUGGGUCCUCUCUUUUCUCUCUCUCUGUGCGUCUCUCUCUCUACAUUUGCAUUUAUAGCCGCUUUACUAUACUGAUGUAAACAUACCCCAUAUUCUGCCACUCCAGCCUCGCCCUCCCUAUUUCGUGUCCCCGAUUUUUACUCGUUAUUUUCCGGCUCUUGCGCUCGAUUUCCUCAAAAUCUGAUUCAUACAUUUUGUUGGGGUUUUCUGUAUUCCGGUUCAGAUAACAGGGUUUCACAGCGAGAAAGAGUGAGAGAAUGGAGAAUGGUGGGGAGAGAGAAACCGGGCCGAUGUUUAGCGAGGCGGAGGUGGGAGAGAUGAGCGGCUUCAAGCGUGGAGCCGACUUCGUGGAGGUGACGUGCGGCUGUACGAGCCAUCGAUACGGUGACGCUGUUGGGAGGCUUAGGGUUUUUGUUUCUGGUGAUCUCGAGAUCAGCUGUGAAUGCACCCCUGGUUGUCACGAAGAUAAGUUGACCCCCGCUGCUUUUGAAAAGCACUCCGGAAGAGAAACAGCUAGGAAAUGGAAGAAUAAUAUUUGGGUCAUUGUUGAUGGAGAGAAGGUUCCUUUGUAUAAGACGUCACUACUUAAAUAUUACAAUCAAGCAUCAAAAGGUACAAAUGGGGCUCACAGAUCACAAAAUGGGCGGGCCUGUCAUCGUGAUGAGUUUGUUCGCUGCACUGGCUGUAAUAAGGAGCGCAGGUUCCGUCUUCGCAACAAAGAAGAGUGCAGGAUUUAUCAUGAUGCCUUGGCAGAUGAGAAUUGGAAAUGUGCUGAUAUGCCAUAUGACAAAGUAAAUUGUGAUGAUGAUGAAGAGCGAGCAAGUCGCAGGGUGUAUCGAGGCUGCUCCCGUUCCCCCACAUGCAAAGGCUGCACUUCCUGCGUGUGUUUCGGAUGUGAAAUCUGUCGUUUUUCAGAAUGCGGCUGCCAGACUUGCAUUGACUUCACAAGAAAUGCAAAAAAUUGAGUCUCCAGAAACACUGCUUUUAGUCCUUAAUGUUCCUUUUCUAUUUUAGGUGGGUUCAUUCUUCCCAUUCUUGUUAAACUUCAGCCCCGUCCAACAUUUAUAGAAUGCUUUGCUUUUUGGAAUUAGUCUUGACGCUCUCCCCUCCCAGAAAAAGAAGAAAAUAAACUGGUAGUUUAGAACUAACAUCACAAAUUCAGUAAUUUAUUCUCUUUCAUUUGAAUGCA